CCUUUACGCUAUGUUGCCUAGCAACCACCUUCAAACAACCCAGAGAGUUGACAGCCGCUUGAACGGCAAACUGAUACACUUUUUCCAAGUAGGCAAAACUCUAUUUGCAGCGAAUGGAGCGAGAGUUAGACGAGGAAGAGCUGCAGGAUUUGUACGCUUGGAUAGACAAAAUCCCUCUUUCAAGGCCCAAAAGAAACAUCGCCAAUGACUUCAGCGACGGAGUAAUGGCAGCAGAGGUUGUUAAACAUUUCUUCCCAAGGCUUAUUGACUUGCACAACUAUACUCCUGCCAGCUCAACACAACAGAAGCUCAGCAACUGGAACCUUCUCAACAGGAAGGUGUUUUCCAAGCUGAACUUCCACGUGCCCGAGAAGUCAGUGAAAAAGAUUGUACUGAGAACAGCGGGAGUGAUCGAGAGCGUGCUCAGCGCCCUCCGGGAGAAGAUAGACAAGAAGCUAGAGCACAACACACACAACAUACUAGAUUUGGAAUACUAUGACACCAGGAACCCAGACAACACGCACACAGAUCUCCAGUCCGAGGUGACUCAGAUGGCACGUGAAGGGCUGAAAAAGGAUGAAAAGUUUAAAUUGGAGAAUAGCAGAAUGCAAAACGCACCCCAGUUUUACUCCCACUUGGACCCAGCUCUCCGGCAAAUUCUGAAGGAAAAAGAGCACGCGGCCAUGGCUUUGCAGGAGACAGUGGAGAUCCUGCAGAUGAAGGUGAGCAAGUUGGAGCGUCUGGUACAGCUGAAGGACAUGCGGAUAGAUGAUCUGAGGCAGAAUCUGGAGAUGUGUAACUGUCAAAAAGGAAAACACAAUGAUUCAAACACCAGCAGCACGUAACACUUUGAAAUCCUUAAAUUAACACUUUUGAAUUGUGCAAUUAGCUUCAAAUACUCCCUUACCAAAAAGAUAUAAAAAGAAGCAAUGUGCAAGUGUGUUUCCUCAAGUACAUUGAACGUAAUCCGUUCAGGGACACCAGUUAAUUCAUUCCGAUUUUUAAACCCUUGCUCCCAUAGGAUAUAAUAGAAUUUGGAUUAAUCUGUUCCAGUGUCAAACUGUAUAACACAAGUAUAAAAAUAAUAUAACAACUAAUGUAAUUUAAGACAAAAAAACCCUCUCUACCCAUGAUAACAAGUAAUGUGGUAUGGUGCGUUUUUUUGCGAUGUGUGUGAUGUCAGCCAAAUUGAUGUUUUUCAUGUUUUUGUGCCGCAGUUUAUUAAUUUAGUGUAGCAAGACACAUA